CCUCUUUGCUCCAAUAGACAGGAGCGACUUUGGGCUACAUAAUCAUCAAAUUCUUACCUCGCCCUUCACUGCUAGUAGGAUCAGAUUACAUUUCUUUCACUAUUCUCCACUCCCCAGUUUCUUGAUCUGUUUAAAAGAAGUAGAAAAGAUAUAUCUUCUCUUCAGUGCCUGGAAGGGAAAACAAAAUAACCUCAACUCCGCUUUGAAAAAAAUCUUUCCAAGAACUUUCUUCAGAGAUUUGACUCAGAUAAUUUCUACAAUGAAGAAAGAACAGAUUUUUUGGGCUUCUGUGUAUCUGCUGCUUAACUGUGCUUCUGCCCCUCUUAGUGCUGUCGCCGAGGAUGCUGAGGAAUAUACAGAUGUCACAGAUGAUGGGUUACCACCACUGAAACUUGCACAUUCAUUUUGUGCUUUGAAAGCAGAUAAUGGCCCAUGCAGAGCAAUCCUUACGAAAUUUUUUUUCAAUAUUCACACUCAACAGUGUGAAGAAUUUAUAUAUGGAGGAUGUGAAGGAAAUCAGAAUCGCUUUGAAAGCCUGGAAGAGUGCGAAGAAAAAUGUAUAGGAGAUUAUGUAAAGACCAGGACAGAGACCACAUUAGAAAAAGAAAAGCCAGAGUUCUGCUUUUUGGAUGAAGACAGUGGAAUCUGUCGAGGUUAUAUGACUAGGUAUUUUUAUAGCAAUGACACAAAGCAGUGUGAACGUUUCAAGUACGGUGGGUGCCUUGGCAAUCAAAACAACUUUGAAUCACUUGAGGAAUGCAAGAACACCUGUGAAGAUGCAGUGAAUGAUAACCAGCUGGAUAUGAUUGUGAAUAAUACAUUACUGUCUGAGACUACGGAGAGUAUAUUACCACUUUAUUCUACAACUAAUAUGUUACUGCCUGAAUCUGUGAAUAGUACAUUACCGCUUGAUUCUGUGAAUAAUGACUCCUUCACUCCCCAGCCUACCAACGUCCCUAGCUUUUUUGAAUUUUACGGUCCUUCCUGGUGUCUGACCCCAGCAGACAGAGGAUUGUGUCAAGCCAAUGUGAGCCGAUUCUACUAUAAUUCAGUUAUUGGGAAAUGCCGCCCAUUUAAAUACAGUGGAUGUGGAGGGAAUGAAAAUAAUUUUACUUCUAAAAAUGCAUGUCUUAGGACUUGUAAAAAAGGCUUCAUCCAAAGAACAUCAAAAGGAGGAUUAAUUAAAACUAAAAGAAAAAGAAAGAAGCAGACAGUGAAAAUAGGAUACGAAAAAAUUUUUGUUAAAAAAAUAUAAAUUUGGGGGCACCUGAGUGGCUC